CCAUUAUGUAACCAGAAGGGAUCAUAGAAUAGCAGAAGCGAGAGAAGAACAGAUUUAUACAAAUACAGUGACGAAGAGAAUGAAGGUCUUUGCCCUGCUUUAUACAAUUUGCCUAAUUAAAAUAAUUAAUUGCGGGAAUAAUGACUCGGAGAUACAAGUAGACAAUCACAACAAUCUACAUGCAGAACAGGCCCGCAAAAAUCUCCGCAAGGUAUCCUUUAACGAUAAUGUGGAAAUCAUCGUCUAUGGUGAGGACGACAUAGAGGCUCCUCCGGAUGUUUCCACGAGAACCCUCGACCUUCUGGAUCCAGAUUAUGAUAUUGUAACCAUUGAGGACUCAAAAAAUGACGGAAUUGAGGAACGAGAGUUCACGGUAAAGGACGACGUCCUGGUAGACAAUGUCAUAAUCGAAGGAGAGUCGCUGUGGACGGCUGAUGAUAAGGGAAUCUGUACUAACAUUACGCUAUUAACCUACGAAAAUACGCAUAUGAUUGCUUUAACCACCAAGAGUGAUGCGAAAUUCUUCCUAAAGUGGCUUCAUAAAGUAGACGGGAAAUGGCAGGACAUAACUCUGGGGGACUUUUUAAAGAUAGCAACGGCUUUGAAAGAAAAGGCCAAGAAUGAGCAGUUUCAACGUAAAUAAGUUUAAUGUAGCUUGAAAAUGAAAGUUGUAAGGACCGUAAAAAGGUUGUGUUUUGUUCCAUUCUGGGACGAUUUGUAGUAUAAUAACCACUAGUUUGUGGUUGUUUUGUAGUAAAAUUGCACCAAAGAGUAUAUGCAUGUCUAUAUGGUCCCACUGACACAUGGGUACCUAGAACAUACAGUCUGUUUUAAA